GGGGCGCUGUGCAGUGCUUCGCACUCUCAGUGUGUGGGGAAGAGGGGGACGGGCGGUGGGUCCGUCUCCCCUUUGCUGAUCCAUCACUUCGCUGUCGCGCUUCCCGGUGAAAAAAGAGCUCCGGGGCGGGGAGAAUUAUGGAGCUCGGAAUGGUGGGGGGACAGCGCGGUGCCUGAGCGCUCCACAGGGCAGGGAGCAGGCGGCGGUCGCGCCUCCGGUUGCGCCAUGGAUCGCCGGUGCUAUGGGUGCGCCUCCAAAUUCUCUGUCUUCAAGAAAGAGUGUGGAUGCAAGAACUGUGGACGUUUGUUCUGCUCAGCCUGCCUUGGUUUCAGUGCUGUUGUUCCCCGCUGUGGAAACACCCAGCAGAAGGUGUGCAAGCCGUGCCAUGGCAAACUAACUGGAGAGGAAUCUCAAAGCUGUUCUGCAAAAUGGUCACCACCAGAAAACUACAAAAAGCGUGUUGCAGCUUUUGAGGCUCAGCAAAACCACCUGAAAGAGCAACAAAGGACAACUGCAAAGCCCUCAGGUCAAGAAUGCUCCAGAUACAGAGGGCUCUCAAAAGAGGAUAGAGCUAUUGCAGAGAGACUUGAGAGGCUCAGGGAGGAAAGGAAACCAAAGUCCAUCCCUACUCAGGCUGAGAUUGAAGCCAGGCUGGCUGCCCUGAAGGAGGACUCCUGGGGACCUGUUCCAUCCACACAGGAGAUGGAGGACCGCUUGGCUGUGCUGCAGGGCAGAGAUCCUCCUUCCCUGGCUCCCAGGCCUGUACACCAGCCUCCUGAUACCAGAAGUCUGGUCCAACAGACCAAUGACCUCUUAACUCAACUGUCUGAGGAAGUUGCCAUUGAUGAGCAUUACAGACCAAGAGUCCAUUCUCAAGGAGUUGGUAACCAAAGGUUGAAUGAUCUCAAUCGGGAGAGUGAAGAUUGUGUCUGCCCUGCAGAUUUGGAUGCAAAACAGCUGGAAGAGGAGAAGAAUAAGCUGCUGGCAGAAGCUGCUGUUGAGCUGCGGGAAGAGAACACGAGGAAGGAAAAGAUCCUACAAGUUGCCAAGAGACUGGCAGCACUCAGAGGAGAGGACCCAGAGAAAGUGACACUGGAAACCUAUUCACUCCCUGACAGUGAUGAGGAAGUGACUGAGGAGGAAGCCAUUCACAGAGUGCUGAAACAGCUAACAGAAGAAGCAGCCCUGGAUGAAGCAAGUGGAUUCAACAUCCCUCCGGAUCAGACCACCCUACCAGGACCCUCACAGGAGAACCCACAUAAAAAAGCAAAGCAGAAGACCCAAGCUCUAGCCACCACAGCUCUUUCUGGGGCAGAUGACAGUGAGGAGGAUGAGUUACCCUGGUGCUGUAUCUGCAAUGAAGAUGCCACCCUGCGCUGCCACGGCUGCGAUGGGGACCUCUACUGCCAGCGCUGCUUUCGGGAAGGCCAUGAUGAGUUUGACCUGAAAGACCACCACACCUCCUGCUAUCGUCUUCCUUGCAAGUCAAAGUGAUCACACUCUUUGUGGGCAGAAAAGGAGACAGAAAACAAGAGAAGAGAGGAGUUGGCCAGCUGGGAAGAGUCCAAGUGGAUUUGCAGCCAAAACGGGUGAUGUUUUGGACAGUAAAGAAUGUGCUGUAAUCCAAGAGAUGCUUGGAGGGCUUGUGGCUUUAUCCUCAUCAAUACCACCAGAGAAGUAGAGAGUUUGCUGUGCAUAAUGGAGGAUGAGGAGGUGGAUACGACACUAUAAAUACAAACAGUAAGGUAAUGAGGGUAGCAGUAAAGAUGUGUAUUUAAGGCAGUACUGACUGGCUGAUAAGUAACUUCCUGCUUUUGCUAACAGCUUAUACACUGGUUCAACAGGCAGCAAAGCACUUUCCACUAAGAAAGGUGUCUGUGUUGUGAUCUCAUGUGUGAGGAGAACUUCCAAAGCAAAAUAAAAAAAUAUUAAC